AUGAAUGAAAAGAAAGUAAACAUCGUGGAGGAUGUAUCCUUCGGUUCGUCAAACAAAGUAUUUUCUGCAUUACUCGUUGAACUGAAACGAAAUGGCAUGGCUAAAGUUGACCACCAUCCAGAAAUUACGCCGGACGACUUACAAAAGCUGUACUUAAGCUUCGAUUUAAACACUCCUAAAGGACUGCAGCAAAAUGUAUGUUUGAUAUAAUGUUUCAUCUGGUCAGAAGAGGACGAGAAAACGUGCGAGAACAAACAAAAGACACGUUCGCGGUAACUAUUGACUUGCAGAAUAGAAGAUACGUUUACCAGGCUGUCGACGAGCUCGAUAAAAAUCACCGAGAAAAUGACGACCCCCAAGAUUCCACAACAGAUAGAAGAAUGUACGAGCAACCAGGUGCACUAUGUCCAGCCAAGUCAUUUGAGUUGUAUCUUUCGAAGCUUCAUCCCGAGUUAAAAUGCCUUUGGCAACGACCGAAGGAAGCAACAGCUGACAUCUGCUGGUACUGUAACGUACCGGUCGGAAAGAAUACCCUUGGCAACUUCAUGAAAAAUAUUUCAAGAGCAGCCGACCUGUCCAAAGAGUACACAAACCACAGCAUACGAGCGACGGCUAUAACGGCCGUCCUAGACUACUCCAACUUCGAAGCCAGGCACAUUCUGGUCAUAAAUCAGAAGCGAGCAUCAGAAGUUACUCACGUCGCCUUUCAGAAAACAAGCAAAGAGAAAUUUCCGAAACACUUGGUCAGGCGUGUGGAUUUCCUUCUGAAAUUGAAGAGACAACCUUGUCUUCACCUUCAGAAACCCGGCUAG